AUGGCUGAUGUAUUACGAUACAAUACCACACUCACCACACUUCAUCUCUCAUACAAUAAAAUCAGCCAUAUUGGAGCACAACACUUGGCUGAUGCAUUACGGCAUAACAGAACACUCACCACACUACAUCUUGAAAACAAUCAAAUAGAACAGAUUGGAGUACAAUAUUUAGUCGAUGAAUUACGUCAAAAUACAGUAAUUUUCAUUUUCUAUUUAUCUACAGUAUGUCUUUGCCUGCCACUUUUCAUCCAGACACUUAUGACACUAAAUCUUGAAUCUAAUCGAAUCGGGCCUGUUGCAGUACAACAUUUGGCUGAUGCAUUACGACACAACACAACACUUACGACACUAGAUCUUGGAUUUAAUCUAAUCCAAGACAUUGGAGCAGAACAUUUAGCUGAUGCAUUACGAUAUAACAUGACACUUACCGCACUUGAUCUUUAUAACAAUUCAAUCGGACCUGUUGGAAUGCAACAUUUGGCUGAUGCAUUACGGCACAACAUAACAAUUACCACACUGAAUCUCUCGAGGAAUUGUAGUGCAGAUCUUGGAGCACAAUAUUUAGCUGAUGCAUUACGACAUAACGAAACAAUUACCACAUUAAAUCUCUCGUGCAAUUCCAUUGAAAUAGUUGGAGCAGAACACUUGGCCGCUUCAUUACGAUACAACAAAACACUCACUACACUUGAUCUUUGGAGUAAUAGAAUCGGACCUGUUGGAGCGCAAUAUUUAGCUGAUGCAUUACAACACAACACAACUCUCACUACACUAGGUCUGCGGAACAAUACAAUUGGACCUAUUGGCGUACAACAUUUGAGCGAUGCAUUACGACAUAACAAAACAUUGACUAAACUUGGUCUUUCGAGCAAUCGAAUCGAUCAUGUUGGAGCACAUCAUUUGGCUGAUGCAUUACGACAUAACACAGUAAUUCUCAUUCUGUCUUUAUCUACAGCGCAUCUUUACCUUCACUUUUUUAUGUAG